CCCGUACUGGGAGGACCGUUCUUCGUUAUUGUCACUGAGUAUUCAGCACGAGUCAACACUCCGGUAGUUGAUUGUUAUUAUCAAAGGUAAUGAACAAUGUAGGCCUACGCUAGUUAUUCACAAUGACCCAUAAACCAAUUAAAGUGUAAUUAAACUGAAAACAAUCACGGUUGCUGAAGCGACAAUGUCAAUCAAGUGGUACGUAAGUGAAUUGGCCAAAAUAUUGAAAACAAUUUGCAUGAAACACCGUUCGUUACCCAAAAUUAUCAACGAUGAAUUGCGGCCUAAGCGUGAUGUUUGCACACCCCAAAUAUACCAAAAGGUGUUUGAUAAAUCCAACGAUUUUGCACGGGGAUGUACGUUAUCUAUCCGGCGGAGGAGCUUCUUAGAAUCUACGAGAGUCCAAUUCGUUCACUGAAUUAUUCGCCGAUAAUUCCGAAAAAUCGAAUCAACGGUGAAGCAUCGAGUGCUUCGACAAGAGCAACAUCACUCGUUAAUUGUUGUUCAAGUGAUAAUGCAAACAUUGAUUUAAACUCGUUGAAUAGUUGUAAAAAUAGCCGGCGAUCCAAGAGUGUUAAGAAUUCAAGAUUUUUUGUAUUCGAGUCAAAACGUGGGAGGUGUAGGGAGAAGGAGAACUCAAGGAACUAUCCAAUUAUGCAAAACAAUCGGAGUAACGGGGAGGAGGGCUGCAACCCUCUCAAGGAAUUGACACAUGCCAACCUCAAUGAAUCUCUCAAGCAGCACAAUGGGAACGCUCUCAAACUUGUACAAACUGUGUCCGAGUUUGCCCAGGAGUUGGGCACAGCUAUGGAUCUUCAUGGAGCCAACAUGCGACGACUCGUCGACGAAUUUCGGAGUCGUUCAGGCGAGAUGCGCGGUGACGUAGGGGGAAUGAAAAGAAUCUGGGAAAAUUUAUUGCGACAGGUUGAGACUGAUGCCUCAUCGCAUCUUGAUCUUGCAACGACGUUGAAACAACUGUCAAGACCAACGUUGGAAGCCAGUUUUCCCAAGAAACUUCAGUCACGAAAGGUGUUCGCCCACCGGGAGGCGUACGAGCAAGUAGUCUCUAAAACCGAAGAGAAAUUGCAAAAGGCCCGCCUGACCUACCGACGAGCAUACGACGCCUUUUUAAAAUGUGGAACGGGUGAAAGCCCAAGCGUAUCAACUAAUGCAACUACAGAGGACGAAUCCAGUGCUCUGCGACGAGCCUACAUCGACUCCCACAACGCCUACGUUCUCCAACUGCACGCGACAAAUGCACUCAACGAAUAUUACCAGCUGCACUGUCUUCCGAGUCUCCUCGGCGAAUUAUCCGAGAUCUACGAGGAGCUGAGUAAUCUCGCGUGCAAAUGCAUCACUGAGAUAUCAGAAGCGAGCAAUGAACGUGCCUCGGAGCAAUCGAGACGUUACCAGAGCCUCACAAAGGAGGGGCACGCCAUUAUUCCCCAGAGCGAUCUUCAAUCAUUGGCGAGAAAUUUAUCCUCAAUAUCAGCCGCCAAAAAACCCCCGCGACGACUGUUCGUGGCGCCUGCUCCAGCUGACCAAAUGCCCCCAGACAGAAUCAACUCAGUGCCAAUUCUCAAGGAUGAAAUUGUUCCAACUGGAGCGCCAACCGAUCAGGACACGUUCGAGGAGCUGCGGCGCGAGGCUGACGAUCUAACAUUGAAAAUUGGUAGACUGAGGGACUCCCUCGAUGCUUCCACGCGAAUUCAGCGCAAAAGCGCCGAGGGAAGCCUCUUCACUAAAGUCGCUGAGUUACAGGAGGAUAUAUCGAUGAAACGCUUCGACCUUGGUGUCGCUCAUUUGCAUCUCGCUGCUGUGCAAGCACAGAAAGAACUUUUUGGCACGAGUGACAUUGGGCCACUGGAUGGCAUCAACAAUCGGAAAAUGUCAAACGGCUCGACUGGCAGUAACACCAAGCACAAAUGGCUCAAAGCGUUCAAAAGCCUCAAGACGAGUUCACCAACCACUACUGGGGACAAGAGCAAACAAACCAUGUACCAUGCUGUCUCCACGGUUGUUGCUAUGUCCAGAAAAAAUUUGGAAUCCGAGGGUGGACACCAGUGGCGCGAAUACACCUAUCGUAAAAUAACCCCGUGCGAUGCCUGCGGGCAGGUACUGCGUGGCCACAGUAGACAGGGGUUAAGGUGUCGGGGUUGUAAGGUCAAUGCUCAUGCUGACUGCAUAAGUCUCGUGCAACCGAGCAAUUGUCCAAGUCUAGCGCCGAAACGUGCCGGCGGUAUUCCCCUACUGCGUCGUCAAAAAAUGACAGCGCACGCUGAUGAAACAUUGACGGAGCACACAGGCGUGGAUGCCACUUAUCAGGUGCUGAAACAGGCAGGUGAAAUCCGUGGUAAUGCCACCAAUUCACCGCCAACACCUCCAACAGUGGAUCAUGGAUCCAGUGGAGGUCCGCUAUCGGCGAGGAGUGCAGCAACCUCCCACCCCUGCUCCUCGUCCACUUCUGAUAUCAUGAAACACGAAGCGCCGCACAGUCCACAACGUAGACGGGAGCGUUUGAAUCUUCGGAUGAAGAGUCUGAGUUUGGAUUCACCGGAGGGGACGGCACACGUGCGACAUCGUCCCCGUGAUUACAACACCAAUCAGAAAGAUGGAACACCACCGAGACACUCAGACAGUAGUAGUAUCAAUCGACUGUCUCCUUGCAGCUCGACUCAAAUGGCUCACAGACAUGCACGCGGGGCCAUUCGCAUGUCGAGUAUGGAGUUGCCGGAUGAUAACGAGAAGUCGUACUCCUCGGCGAGCACUUCACCCUGCCCAUCGCCUCAUAUGAACAAUCAGAAUCAUCUGGGCUUGCCUAAUAAACGAGUACUGCCACCCAACAAUCUUUAUGUCGUCCUUUACAACUUUGAGGCGCGCCAUCGGGAUGAACUGGAUCUCAA